CCUACAUUGAACUUCGCGUUUCAUGAUAUCCAAGGAUCACUCCUAUUGACAACGGGUUCCGAUAAGUCGGUCAGUCAGUCGAUUCCUGUUUCCGGUUGAGGAAGAAGAGGAUAUGGCGGCAAACGCAGCUUCUAGAAGGGUUCUGAUGCUCUGCGGGGACUACGUGGAAGAUUACGAGGCGAUGGUUCCUUUUCAAGCACUGCAAGCUUAUGGAAUAGCCGUGGACGCAGUUUGCCCAGGAAAGAAAGCCGGCGAGAUAUGCAGAACUGCGGUGCAUGAGAUUUCACCGCAUCAUCAGACAUAUUCAGAGUCACGAGGCCAUAAUUUUGUACUUAACGCGGCAUUUGAUGAAAUUGAAGUGAGCAAAUAUAAUGGAUUACUUAUACCUGGUGGAAGAGCUCCGGAGUAUCUUGCCAUGGAUGAAUCCGUGUUAAAAUUAGUGAGAGAGUUUUCAAACUCGGGAAAGGCAAUUGCAUCCAUUUGCCAUGGACAGUUGAUACUAGCUGCUGCAGGUGUUGUGAAAGGCCGAAAGUGUACAGCAUAUUCUGCUGUUAGGCCUGCUAUGAUUGCUGCAGGUUGUUAUUGGAUAGAAGCAGAGACUAUGGCUACAUGUGUUAGGGAUGGUAAUCUUGUAACUGGUGCAACAUAUGAUGGGCAUCCUGAAUUUAUUCGGCUGUUUGUAGAAGAACUCGGUGGUACAAUACGAGGUUCCAACAAAAAGAUUCUCUUUCUUUGUGGGGACUUUAUGGAAGAUUAUGAAGUUAUGGUUCCUUUUCAAUCUCUUGGAGCUCUUGGUUGCAAGGUUGAUGCUGUAUGCCCUAACAAGAAUGCGGGUGAUCUAUGUCCAACAGCCAUCCAUGAUUUUGAAGGCGACCAGACAUAUAGUGAAAAAAUUGGUCAUAAUUUUGCUUUGAAUGAGCAGUUUGAUUCUGUGGAUAUCUCUAGCUAUGACGCACUUGUAAUACCAGGAGGUCGCGCCCCGGAAUAUCUAGCUUUGGAUGAGAAGGUCAUUGAUUUAGUGAAGCAUUUCAUGGAUACUAAAAAGCCAGUUGCAUCUAUCUGCCACGGCCAACAAAUAUUAUCUGCUGCUGGAGUUCUCAAGGGAAGAAAAUGCACAGCAUACCCCGCUGUAAAGCUGAAUGUUGUGCUAGGAGGAGGAACAUGGCUGGAGCCAGAUCCAAUUCACCGCUGCUUCACUGAUGAAAAUUUAGUGACUGGUGCUGCUUGGCCUGGACAUCCGGAGUUUAUUUCUCAGCUGAUGGCGUUACUUGGUAUUACUGUUUCAUUCUGAAUAAGCAAAGUUAAUAGUAUUUGUGAACCUGAUGGAGAUGAGCUAGAAGGAAUGC